AGUUUUUUGUUAUGAAAAACAUUUUUUUAAUACUAAACCAAGUUAUGAAAUAUCUUAUUAUCGCCACUUGUGUUAAAUAAACGUUAUGGUUUUUUAAUUGUCAAAAUUUUAUCUGUCAAACGUCACUUCACUUUUUAGUAGCUCAAAAGUGUUUUUACACGGUUAUAUUUAUGUUUACAGAAAUUUUAACUAUAUACUAAGAAAUGGCUCAACAAUCGAUACCGCUAAUUCUACAAGAAGAUUACGAACAGGGUGGAAAAGAAUAUGAGGAGGACAUUGAAAAUGAUUUUGCUUAUCGAAACAAUGUUAAGCAAGCAUCGAGGGAAGUUCGAUUUGGUUUUAUUCGAAAAGUUUACAGCUUAUUAGCUUUCCAGUUGAUUUUAACUGUCAUUAUAGCUGCAGUGUUUAUGUUUACACCUCCUAUUAAAGAAUUUAUUCAUAAGAAUGACUGGUUAAUGAUGAUUGCUAUGUUUAGUAGCUUUGGAUUAUUAAUUGCUUUACACAUUAAAAGGAAAGAUACACCAACUAAUUUCAUAUUAUUAACGGCAUUUACUGUUGUUUUGGCAUAUUCUUUAGGAGUGACCAUAACUUAUUUUGAAAAAGCUGUUGUCCUACAAGCUUUAGGAUUAACUGUACUUAUUGUAGCUGUAUUAACACUUUUUACAUUCCAAACAAAAUAUGAUUUAUCUUCGAUGCAUUCAAUAUUAUUUGCAGGUCUUUUGAUUUUAAUAGUUGGUGGAUUUAUGCAGAUCUUUUUACAAUCCACAGUCUUUGAGAUUAUUUUGUCUUUGGGAGGAGCUUUUAUAUUCAGUAUUUUUAUUAUCGUCGAUACUCAAAUGAUAAUGGAAAAAUUAUCUGCUGAAGAAUACAUUUUGGCUACUAUCAAUUUGUAUUUGGAUAUUGUUAACCUAUUUAUUUAUAUACUGCGUCUUUUGGAAGCUAUGCGUCAAUAAAAUGUUUAAUUUAAUUCUUUUUGUUGUAAUAUAUCGAGAUUAAUACAGUUAAAUGAAAAGUAGAUGGUAAGAUGUUUUUAACAUCUUGACUUAAAUUACUUGAAUUAUAAUAUAUAUCAUAGUCAUAAGCACAUACAUAGGUUGUUUUAUUGUGAGUACUAAUUUGUGAAAAUUUUGUGAUAGGAAGUUGAAGGAUAUAAAUAAAUUUAAAAAAUUGUGAA